UGCUCUUCGAGUGUCGCCCAUGUGUUAUGCCUAUGGCUCCCUCGACCAGGCCAUCAGCACUUGCCCUAUGUGCAAGGUCUUUCCCCAUCCCACUAGGUGUCCUCAUGUCCGUGAGGUCUGUCGUAAUCGUGCCUCUCAUCCUCGUUUUGAUGUCUACUUUUUAAAGAAUGCUGAAGUCGACUCAUUUAAUGGCUGUGGCUACUGCAAAUGGGCUCGCACAAAUCCUCCUCAAAAGGCUGCGGGUUAUCUCAAUCCCGGGUGGCCCGGGUGCUGUCGACCCCCAGUUGCUUCCGAGCAGCGCAUGAUCCAGCCCGCAGACUGGCGAUCCGUCAGCAUCGUCCACCAUAUACCUAUUCCUCCCGAUAUCAAGGCCACCCUCGACGGUCUCGCAGCACCUCGUCCGGGUGGGAGCCCUGCAGCCCCGGCCAGGGGUGCUCCAGGGUCAAAGCCCCCAGAUAGAAAGAAUAGCAGCGCCAACGGAAGCCCGCCAUCCAAGCCUGCAGUCAUGCCCCCAAAGUCAGCUGCCAUUUCCAUUCCUCCCAAGUCCCGAGGCAGCCCAAAGCAGAGCUCAGCUUCUCUAUCAAACAGCCUUUCGCGCAGUACGGGUGCUAAUCUUCUACCAUCACCCCCAACGGAACGUCGCCAAUCUAUUAACGAAGGUCCGGAGAAGCCUGGGACUCCUCCAUCUACUUCUUCUCCAGGUCGUAAAGCCAUUGAUCUCGAUGGCGCCACGACUCCCCGCCGCAAUUCUAGUGCGACCCGUCCACCCAUACCAGUUGCUGCAGCCAUAAAGGGCACUGGUGCGAAUCGCUCCCCUCCUAGCCAAUCACUAGAACGACGUCGAACAUUAGUUCAGCCGCCGAGUAUCCCUCCUUCCAAGUCUUCCCUGCCACGGGCGGCUGCUGAUCCAUCCCCGUCAAUUUUACUCGCGCGCCCAGCUAAAAAGGAUGAAGACAGUGUAUCCAAUGCAUCAGGAAGCAGCGGGUCGAUGAGCGACAGUACCGUCACUUCGGACGGCGGAUUCACCGACUAUCUCUCUGAUGAGUCCGAAGCCGAGUUGCAGAGACAAGCAGAAGCCCGGGCAGCGCUCGUUGCGCAGAACCAGGCUGAAGAGCUCGAAUUCAAGGCGGCACGUUUGCAGUUGACACACGUCGACCUACGUCCACCCAAGUCUUGGGAUGCGACAAAUCCUGUUGGAAGUGGACCGCGUUUGGCGUCACGUUCAACGGUGUCGAUUGCUACGAGCAAUGGGAGCAAUCGAAGCUGAUUAAUUGGGUGUAAAAAGGGCAGAACUCGGGACAAUUGGGAACAACCAUCUAUGUAUCUUCUUUUUUUUCCAUGCAUACACAAAUGUAGCGUCAAUUGCAAUGCCAAUUUAAUAUUUGUACCUGAAA